UUAUAAUUAAAUUCAUCCAAAUGGCAUUCAAGGCAAAUGUUUUGCUUGUUUUUUCUUUGGUUCUUCUAAUAAUAUCAUCAGAGGUAAAUGCAAGGGAUAUGGUUGAGCCUUCACUGCCAUUACUUGAGGCAAAUGAAGUUCAGAACACAGGUGAGAUGAGCAACCCAACAGUCAUGAAAAGUGGUUGGGGAAAAUUUGAUUUUGUUUAUAAUGCAGCGUGUUUCGCUUGCGAGUGCCCAAAGAAGGGUAAUGAUGAUGAUAACAACAAGGACAACAACAAUAAUAAUAACAGUGGUAAUGUAAGUGAGUACUGUAAAGCCAUUUGUUGUUAGAAACAAAAGGAUAGCACUGAAUGCUCAUUUUCUUCCAAUCCACUACCCAAUAUUACAUUAUAAUACUUUAUGUAAUAUUAUAAGAUGGGUUGAAUAAAGGAGAACUUUGAAUUA